AUGUCAUCCUCAGACUUCCUGCAGUAUCUUACCGAGCAGAAGGCGGCGGUGCUAAAGCUCUUCAGGGAAGGCCAACAACAGGGAGCAGCAACAAGGUCGUCGGAAUCAAUAGCAGCAGCAGCUGCUGCAGCCUCACCGAAGGCCCCCCCGCGCACGUGUGAAGCAGCACCGCCCGAUCCCAACGAUACAUUGGUGGAGGUGGCCGCCAACCGAUCGUGGUCGCCGCCACCCGCUCGAUCCACCAUGCUGGCCGAUUUCAUUUCUGACAAUGCCUUCUUCAGCAGCUUCCUGUCGUACUUGUCCCUGGCGGACAUAUACCCGGUUGCAGAGCGCAUGAUGGAUCCAUCUACACCAAUGCGAACCGGCGGGCUUGGCGGUAGGGCGGAGGGUGCUGGCAGCACGAGGACUGUGCCCGAGUGCCGCGCACCGCUGUCGUCCUUGUCCCCGAUGCACGUCCAUCAGCUGCGGCCAACACAGUUUUUUCUUCCUGCUCUGUGUGAGGUGUGCAAGGCAGCAAUGCUCAAGAGGAUCUGGUUGAAUCCACAGCCGCCGGAGACGACGUCGACGACGCCGCAGUCAGGCACUGCCUCGUCGUCGCCUUUCGCUCUGUUGUUAUCACUCCCUGAAUUACUCAUCACAAAAUCUGCGAACUCGACCUCAGCCAGUGAUCAGAGCACACCGUCUGAGGCGGUGUGCUCUCCGUCCUCCUCGACGUCCUCGCCAGGGCUGACUGCUGUUACUGCAGCUCCGUCUCAGCCGUUGCUUGGAUUCGGCAAAGAGGGCUACCGGUGCGAUAUCUGUGACCUUGUCUUGCACUUUCACUGCAUCACCAAGAUGCGGCAGACGCAGGCGUGCGAGGUGCUUUCGCCGGCCGCGCAUCAGAUACUGUCCUCUUCGUCCACAUCAGCCUCGUCCUCCCCCACCACCUCCGCAUCCCCAACGUUGGCGGCGGUUGCAACAGGGAUUGCAUCGUCUUUAACGGCCAGUAGACCCUUUUCAUGGGACCGCGUCAAGGCAAUUCUCGAGAGCUACCUCCACACCGAUGACGGUGCGUACAACCGCCGCGCCGCCAAUGUGAAGGCCGUACUUGGGGGCGUGUGCGCGCUACUCGACAAGGUGAUUGCGCGCUAUCCGACGAUGACGCCGCUUACGUUUGUGAAGCGGUACUCGGCGAUGCAGGAUCUGAGCAGCGCGCACCAGACGUUGUAUGCAGCGUGUGUGGCAUCUCUAGAUGACACGGCACUCCUCCGCGGCAUUAGCUGGGAUGAAGUGCGACUACACCAGCAAGCGCGGACUGGUGUCACCGCCACCACAUCCCCCACGUCCGUCUUCGCCGCCAUGCGGCCGCUGCGCGUGGACAAGCUCGUCUUCGAAAAUCUCAAGACGAGUGUGAGCGGUGCCGGCGGCAACGGCUUCUUCCCUUCCCCCUUCAGCAGGGAGGCAACGACACCGAUGACAGCACAGUGGACGGCGUCCAAUGGCAAUGAAGACGCCACACCAUCAACGUGGCCCAUCGCUCAUUAUCCGGUGCAGUUCCUGCUCUGGCAGGCCAUGCGGUACGCCACCGCAGUCUACGGAGAGGUGUACCGGCGCGGCUCCCUCUCUUCCACCCUCUCCGCCGCACUGCUCUUCACGCUCAACCGCAGCGCCGUCGAAGUACCGAAGCAGGUAAAUGACGCGGCGGUGACAACCUUGCUGGGGCUGCCCCCGAGUGCUCUGCAGCUGUCGCGGUGGGGCUCACAGGUGACCGAGCCGAGCUACGUCCUCCUCGUGGACGACGUCGCUGGCAGCAUCGUCGUCUCCUUCCGCGGGACGUUAAGCACCUUCGACAUAAUCACAGACCUCGCGGCGACCACUCAGCCAUUCUGCGGUGGCCACGCCCAUCAAGGCGCAGCGGAGGUGGUGAAUACGCUUUUUGAUCAGCGCUCCUCGCGGUAUGGGGAGAGGGUGGAGCAACGAAAGAAAACAGGUGCGGCUAUGACGGCUGUCGCGGGUGCCACAGACAAGACCUCUGCCACUGCGGAGGACGCAACACGUCGCCUCAACGUACGGGCAGCGGCGGCUCCGUCACCUCCAGCGAGGAGGGUUGUAAGUGUGGAGGAACCGACCUCAUUCCAUUCUACCAGCAGUAAAACAGACGACAUCGGCGCCCCUGAAGCGUCCAAGGAGUCGGUGAUGACCGUACUGGAGCCGUGCGCGCUGCAACCGCUAGACACGCCAGAUGGCCUUCUCGACGGGCUCGAGCAACUUGCGGCGGAGCACCCUUCCUAUUCGAUCCUCAUCACAGGCCACUCACUAGGCGGCGGUGUUGCCGUGCUCUUCGCCACGAGGCUGCACUAUGACCAAGCACUACCUCCGGCGGUGCUCAAGCGUAUUCACGUGAUCGCGUUCGCGCCGAUGCCGACCUUGUCCUUGCCAGCUGCCUCAUGCUUUGACGAGGUGAGCACGCGGGGCGACGGUGGCUACAGUAGUCGCGAUACUGCGCCGCAAAGUACACCAGCGGCGUGCUUCCCAGUGUGGAAUGUCGUGAAUGGCUUCGACUGCGUGCCGCGGCUGCAGUUGAACACUGUUGAUCGACUGUUGCGGCAAGUGGUCGAGCCUCAGAUUGCCGCCUCUGCAGAGGUGCCGUCAGCUGCAGCCUCCUCGGCUUUGACCCCGGCCACCGCAGAUGCAGAGCAUCAGGUGCUACGAGAGUUGUGCGAGCGAGACGCAGCGGCGCACGGUGCGGAUACCGGCGCACAUGAGGAGAUGGGGAUGGUUGGCAUGUCCGCGAUGCCCACCCCAAUCACCACCGUGAAGGCAUCAUUGGCGCGUCUCCCGAAAGACAACACAGCAACAGCAGCGGAUGAUACCGUGGAGGACCCCGUGCAAGCCUCAGUUUUCGGAGCGAUGAGUAAAGUGCGCACGCCAAGUGGGUUCGUUGGUGCAAGGGGAGGUGCAGUGGGUGCUGAGGAGAUCGAUGUGAUUGUGGCAGCACCAAAGGAGAAGGCGAUCGCCUCAUCUUCCACUGCAUCCCGUUCUGCGACUUCCGUGGCUGGUACUCCUCAGUUCGACGAACUGCUCACAUCGACGGACGGUGGCGCUCAGGGCAGAUCCCAUCUCGGGAGCUUGCCUUUGGAGAGUGAAGGCAGGACGUACGAUGUGCGGGACCUCUCGCAUGAGCUUCACCACCCUGGACGAGUGCUGCUGCUCACCUCGCCGUGGGAUAUUAUCACGAACCGCCUGGUGGAUGUGCCGCGUGGCCACCCUGUCAUGCAUGAGCUGUUCCUCAUGAAGUCCAUGUUGAUGCAGCACAUGGUGGAUGCGUACAGCGCGUCACUGAGAGAGAUACACGAAGCCCCACGGUGCGCAAGCGGAGAGGAGCGAGCCUAA